UUGACUCUGUACAAAUUAAUCGGUGUGGCUGUCCACCACUAACGGCUUCUUGGUUUUUUUAUCGAGUUGUAAAUGCAUUUACCAGCACGAAGAAAGUGAAUAAAAUGAAUUAAAUGGCAACUGACUCCAAGCGUAGCAUGCCAUCAGCAGUUGAGAUUACCACUGGCUGCUGAAAGGUAGCCUUAACUCAAGCGCCACAAAGCGCUGUCAACUUCAGUUAACUAGCAGCGUUCGCGAUGAACUCGUGCAGCGACAGCAGCAACGAAUCCGUGGAGCCAAAUGUGAAUCAUGUGGCUGGCGUUCAUACGGAGCUGCACAUGAACUUUAGCGCUGCUUACAAGCCAGCUUCACAAGAGCGCUACGUUUGGGAGAUGCGCACACGUAGCCCGAACGUGACGCCAGCCAGCACCGUGCUGAACUCACCGGAUCUGAAUGCUGAGCUUCAGUAUGCGCCCAUGCAUCAUUAUCCGGCAUUUGAGCAGGUGUCCCCGUCUAAUCAGAUGCCUGGAGGAUACCUGGGGACACAGCAGCAACAACAGCAGUCGGCAUACUAUUAUCAGCGGCCGCAUCCACAUCAGAUACGUGUGGGCCGCAGUCCGGGCAGCAGCCAGUUUGAGGUAACGGAGGGCAUAGCGAGUCCCGGCUCGCCAACGGAUGUGGGCAAAGCCGAUGGCCAGUGUUUGCGGGACGGUGAGAUUGUUGUGUUUGAUGACAUCGACACCAACUGGAUAAACAAAUCAGCGCCACUGGCCCCAGAAAGAGGCAGCAACGAGGAUGUGCUGAAGGUUACCAAAAUGAUUGGCCAAUUGCCCAUAGCCGAAUAUGAGGGCUCGCCGCGUCGUUUUGGCAAUCAGCAAGCGUCCGCCAAGGGCGCUGGCAUUCCAAAGCGACCGCCUGGCUUUCCGCAGCGUGUCUCACCUGUCAAGCAGCGCAUGGAUAAUAACGUAAAGGCAUCCGUUGGCAAUCUGAUUGAUUUGCUCGAUCAUGAGGGUACGGCCACAACAACGGCAAACUCUAAGACGCCCACUUUUGACUAUCUGUACGAGUUCUCUGAGACUCGCAAAGUGCUCGAGGAGUUCUUCAAAGGGAAUCCCGAGGACGACGAGAAGCGGUUUACAGACUAUACAACGGAAAGUGGCGACGAUGUGGCCAGUUCGGACAUGCAGCCGCGCGUGUGCGAUGUGGAUAAACAUAUCGAGCAGGCUUACAUUGGCCAGCGUCUAGCUAGAAUACCCAAAGACGAGCUGUACAUGGUACAUCGCUCGCCCAGGAUGCAGUCAAACGAGCACAAUGCCUACCAGGAGCACAACGACAUCGAGCUGUAUAUCGAUUCGAACAGUCGCAGCAGCGGCGACCUGGCCGACACUGAAUUGGAGGCGAAUCUGCGUCGGCACUCGCGUAACUUUACGCUGUCGCCGGAGACAACAGAUUACGACUCGAACUGUGGCGAUUUGGAUAGCCUAUCGAAUGAUAUCAACUGCACCACAACCGACUAUGGUAAGCUCUACACCAGUAUGCCGGUGCUGGAGGAUGGACUCAGCAGUGGCCAUGCCUCCGAUACGGAAAACAAUGUAUCCGUCGUCUGCGACAAGCAACAGUCUCAGUCACAGGCACAGCCACAGCAACCUCAAACGCAGCUUCAGUCGCAGCAGCAGCCUCCGCAAAUUAAUCAUGAGCACGAGCACAAUGGCAACAGCGACAACGAGCGGUUGCAGAACGAGUACAACGGCACCACAGCCAUAGCAACAGUAACAGCUAUAGAUGCCACGCUGCCGAGUGACAUUGUGAACACGCCCUCGCCGCUGCCGGCAACGCCAACGGUCACGCCCUCGCCAGUGCCGUGCGAAGAGCCGGAACCGGAGCCAACAGCCGAGACCGAGCUGAGCGCUGGCAAUAAUGCUGAUAGCGACAGUCCCGCAGAAACACACUACAGCCCAGUUUAUGCGGCUGCCAUGGCAGUGACAGCCAGCAGCAAGCCAGCUGCAGCAGCUGCAGCACCAGUCGAGAUACAAGAGGCAAUGAAAGAGAUACGCUCGGCAUUGCAGCGCGCCAAAACACAGCCGGACAAGCUAAAGUUUUGCGACGAAGUGCUGCCCGUGGAUCCAGAUUCGCCGGUUUGGGUGCCACGCAAAAGUGCAACAACGACGGCAACGGCUGCCACACGGCACGAAGAGGAGGAAGCCGACACGGAUCUGGAAACGGAUCGGCUGCUGGGACAGCAGGAUUUCUUUGCCGAACAGACAACGGCACUUGCGGGCGCCGCCGACAGCAAUGCUAACGGCCUGGUCAAUAACAACGGCGGCAGCGCAAUCAUCAGCGACAACAACAACAGCAAUCCCAAGCCGCAAACCUAUUCGUCGGCCACCAUACGGCAGGGCAUUGGCACCUCGUUGACGCCCAACUCACCGGACAUUUGCCAGAUUGUGGGCAAUGCGGAUGUAUCGAUAAGUUCGCCGGAGAAGCUGCAAUAUACAAAGAGUCCAACGGGCUCCAUCAAAUCGCUCAAGGAGACGACCAUCAGCGAUAAGAAAACCCAUUCACGGAACAAAGAGGGUUUCUUGGAACCCAAAGUGCUAAUUGAGGGCGUUCUUUUUCGCGCCCGCUAUCUCGGUUCUACGCAGCUGGUGUGCGAGGGUCAGCCGACCAAGUCGACGCGCAUGAUGCAGGCCGAGGAGGCCGUAUCUCGCAUAAAGGCGCCAGAAGGCGAAAGUCAGCCAAGCACCGAGGUGGAUCUGUUCAUAUCAACCGAGAAGAUAAUGGUGCUAAAUACGGACCUCAAGGAAAUCAUGAUGGAUCAUGCCCUGCGUACCAUCUCCUAUAUAGCCGAUAUUGGUGAUCUGGUGGUGCUAAUGGCGCGUCGACGCUUCAUACCCAAUGGUGGCGGCGUAGUCGUUGAUUCGCUGUCCACUCCGAGCCCUGCCGAUACCAUCGAGGGCGAGCCCUUUAAGGAGAACAACAGCAGCAGCAACAAGGAGAGCGGAGGCUCAUCCAACAAACACAAUCGCACACCCAAAAUGAUAUGUCAUGUAUUUGAGAGUGACGAGGCGCAGUUUAUAGCACAGUCCAUUGGUCAGGCCUUUCAGGUGGCCUACAUGGAGUUCUUAAAAGCCAACGGCAUUGAGAACGAGAAUCUGGCUAAGGAAAUGGACUAUCAGGAGGUGCUUAACAGCCAGGAGAUAUUUGGCGAUGAGCUCGAGAUAUUUGCAAAGAAAGAGCUGCAAAAGGAAGUUGUCGUGCCCAAGGCCAAGGGUGAAAUUCUUGGUGUUGUUAUCGUUGAGAGCGGCUGGGGCUCCAUGCUGCCGACGGUGGUUAUUGCCAACCUGAUGUCUGGCGGCGCAGCCGCACGCUGUGGCCAAUUAAACAUUGGCGAUCAGCUUAUAGCCAUCAAUGGCAUGAGCCUUGUCGGCUUGCCGCUAUCCACCUGCCAGAACUAUAUACGCAAUGCCAAAAAUCAAACUGCCGUCAAGUUUACCGUUGUGCCCUGUCCUCCUGUCGUUGAGGUUAAGAUCCUGCGUCCCAAGGCGCUCUUUCAGCUGGGAUUCAGCGUACAAAACGGCGUGAUUUGCAGCCUGCUGCGUGGCGGCAUUGCAGAGCGCGGCGGAGUGCGGGUUGGCCAUCGCAUCAUUGAGAUUAACAACCAGAGUGUGGUGGCUGUGCCACACGAUACGAUUGUCAAGCUGCUAUCCUCAUCUGUGGGCGAGAUUUUGAUGAAAACCAUGCCCACGUCCAUGUUCCGUUUGCUAACCGGCCAGGAGACGCCAAUUUAUAUCUAAUUAAAGUGUUACAUAAAUAUGCUCAUGCACCUCUCAGCACACACACACACACACUAAGAAAAUUCGUAUGUCUGUUGUUUAUCCAGCCCCAGCAUACCUGGAUUAUAUUAUACAAAUGAAGGACUUUUAUUUAGACAAGCAAAAUACACUCAAACAAAUGGAACUUUAUGAAAUUACGAAAAAGGAAAAAGGAACUACUCAUAUAUAUAUCUAAUUGAACUAAGCACUCACAGAAUAGAGCGUACUUACUUCAGCUUUGCUUUAUUUACUUUUGUUCAAUUGUUUAUUUUCUCUAUGUACAUGAAAAAGACUGAAUUUUAUGUUCUGCGUACAUGUGUGUGUGCGUGGGUGAAAGUGGGUGCGAGUGUGCAGCAGACUUUUGGUGAAAAUUGUCAAAUACAAAAUCAAAUACUGGAAUUUUAAGUGUAUUUAAUUUUGCAAUUUUUGAACAUUUACAUCUAGAGCGAGAUGCAGCAAGAGAAAGAUAGAGACAGAGAGAGAAAGAGAGCCAUGGUAUGUGUGGAGUGUGAGUGAGAGUGAGUGAGAGUAGCUGAUAUAGGGAUAUGGAGGCAAUACUCUAAAAGAAUUUAAUUUCAGUUGCCAACGCGUUAGACAGACAGCAAUAAUUUAUGAUAUAUGAGUAUAUUAUUUAAAAUUAAUUUUAUUAACUACAUUUAUAAUUUGCAGUUAUGCCAAAAAUCAAAUAUUCGUUUUACGAUUAAGAUGCGAUGAGAUUUCGUUGAAUUGUUUCUUAAUUUUUUUUGAUAAAUUUAUAUAUAUGUAUGUAUAGUUAAAAUUGUAAACGCAUUAUUGUACUGUAUUUAAAUGAAUGUCAAAUACUUAUUAUAGUUUAAGUGAUGUCUGUUAAAAGUAAACAGUAAACAAAACGAAAUGCAUUUAAGUAAACGUCGUCAAAAUAAUGUGUAUACUUAUACAAUAAAUGUGCAAUGCGAAAGUUGCAAUGUUUUUCGAUUUAUGCCAUUUAAUGAACAAGCAACUACAAUACAAAAUUUUUUAAAAAAUUAAAAGCAAAGAGUAUAAUGAAGAACAAUAAAAUGUGCAUUGAAUAAUUUCUGUUAAGCUAAACAAAUAGAUAACAAAACAUAACAUACAUAUAUUAAAGAGAGCUUAUUUUUGCUAUAAUUGACAAAACAGCACCAGAUGGGAGAGUUAAACGCAACGUAUUUAAGUAUUAUAACAAAUGAAGCCGGCAUACAAUUAUGUAUGCACAUAAUUAUUAAUUAAUACAAAUCGAAGGACAAAUGAGAAUAUUUCAAAUAUUGCUAAUAGUGCAGGUAAUCACAAG